CGCGACGCGCGGGCGUGGACGCGCGCGCGGACGCGAACGAACGCGAGCGAACGAUCGAGACGCCUCGCGAUCGCGACGACCGCGCUCGAGCGGGCGAGCGGGCGCGAGGGGACGACGGGAACGGGCGACGCGUGACGAUGGCGCCGCCGCCGGCGAGCGCGGUGGAUGACGCGCGACUCGGGCCGUUGCUGGCGCCCGUGGAGGAGUAUCUGCGCGCGUGUGGACUGAAUAAGACGGUGCAAGCGAUGCGGAGCGAACGGAAGCUGAAGGCGCACCGGACGCUGGUGGAGGCGAGCGAGGCGGCGGGGGCGGACGCGAGCGAGGGCGGCGCCGAGGCGCUCGUGGAGGCGUGGGAGGAGAGUCGAGGGGCGAAGCGCAAGGCGAAUGAUUCUAGCGGAGGGUCGGCGGCGAAGAAGGCGAAACCGGCGGAUUCGAGCUCGUCGAGCGAGUCGGGGAAGAAAAGCGCGAGUGGGUCGGGUUCGAAGUCGUCGUCUUCGUCGAGCAGCAGCAGCAGCAGCAGCAGCAGCAGCAGCGAGGAGGAAGCGAAGAAGGAAAAGUCCAGCUCCUCGUCGUCGAGCAGCAGCAGCAGUAGUAGCUCGGAGAAAAAGGAGAAGUCGAGCGCAUCUUCGAGCGAUAGCGAAUCGGACAAGAGCAAGAGCAAGAGCAAGAGCAAGAGUAGCUCUUCGUCUUCGUCUUCGUCUUCGUCUUCGUCUUCGUCUUCGUCUUCGUCUGAAAAACAGGAGGAAGCCAAGAAGGAUGACUCGUCUUCGUCUUCGUCGUCUUCGUCGUCUUCGUCGUCUUCGUCAGAGAAGAAGAAAGAAAGCUCUUCCUCCUCAUCGUCGUCCUCCUCCUCCUCUUCCUCGUCGGAAAAGAAGGAAGAAGCCAAGAAGGAUUCCUCCUCUUCCUCCUCUUCCUCCUCUUCCUCCUCUUCCUCCUCUUCCUCCUCUUCCUCCUCUUCUUCUUCCUCGGAACAAAAGAAGGAAGAGACCAAGGAUGACGCCUCCUCGUCAUCUUCUUCUUCAUCAUCUUCUUCUUCUUCUUCUUCCUCGGAAGAAAAGAAGGAAGAGGAGAAGGAUGACUCUUCGUCUUCCAGCAGCUCUUCGAGCUCUUCCUCAAAGUCCAAGUCCAAGUCCAAGUCGUCCUCAUCUUCAUCUUCAUCUUCAUCUUCAUCUUCUUCGGAAAAGGCGGAAGAAGAGGCGAAGAAGGAUGAUUCUUCCUCGUCAUCAAGCUCUUCAAGCUCCUCCUCCGACGCGAAAUCUGAGUCCAAGUCGUCUUCGUCGUCCUCGUCUUCGUCUUCCAGCAGCUCGUCGAGCUCGAGCGACAAGGUACGCAAGGAUAGCGCGAAGGGAAGCAAGAGCGCGCCUCCGGGCGAGAAGCAACCGGGUGUGCCUUUUCAAAGAGUUAAUAGCGCGGAAUGGUUGGGCAAGAAAGGCUCGUGGGAUAUGUCUUAUGAAGGUACAUUCGGUGAUGCGGGAUACGGCGCCAAGGCGCAGGAAGUCCUCGGACAAGUGCGUGGCGCGCGUUUUCAACACGAGAAGAACAAACGUAAACGAAGCUACUUUGGCGGAGCCAUUGACGACAGCGCCGUGAAUUCUAUUAAAUUUCAAUCGGAUAGCGAAUAA